AUGACCCCGCCGGAACCUCAACCCACCGAGACCGUGAUUCGCUUCAAGAACGAGUUUGGAGAGACGCUCGUGGGCUGGCUUCUGGACGCUGGUUCCAAAGAUAACACCGUGAUCCUGUGCCAUGGGUACAUGUCCAACGCGACCCACUGCCACUUCCAGCGCCUGGCGGCCGCCCUCGCCAGAGCCGGGGUGUCCUCCUUCCGCUUCGACCACGCCAUGGCCGUGGACGGCUCGAGCGAGCGGCGCCGGUCUUUCCUAAUGGGCAAUCACGCCCAGGAGGUUGAUGAGAUCCAGGCGGCCAUGGACGCCCUUAAAGGCGCCGGAUACACCACUUGCGUCGUGCUGGGCCACAGCAAGGGCGGCCUGAACGCGUUCAUGUUUGGCGCCCAGGUGGCCAGCCCGCCGCCGCUCGUCGUCUCGCUGGCCGGCCGCUUCAAGCCGCGGGACGGAGUGCUACAGCGCUUUGGGCCCAACAUCCUGGAUCAAUUGGUUGCCAGCCCCGCCAUGCCCAGGAAGGAGGCAAACGGCAUGGAGUGGGUACUCACCCUCGAGGAUGUCGAGGAGCGGGUGAACAUCGACGUGGAGGCCCUCGCCACGCGCUGGCCGGCCGGCACCCGGUUGGUGCUCAUCCACGGCCGGGAGGACACCACGAUCCCGUGGCAGGAGGCGGAGUACCUGGGCGGGCUCCUGCCCCACGCCAGGACAGUCUACAUCCCUGGGGCCAACCACAACUUCACCGACCACGCCGCAGAGCUGGAGGGCGCUGUUCUGGAGGCCGUCCUGGGCGCGGCCGCCUGA